UAAGGACGUCAAGAUGUUAGAAGAAUCUACAGAGUCAGAGUGGCAAUCUGAAGUAAAAACAGGGACCACCAUCAUUGCGGUUGAGUUCAAUGGAGGAGUGGUGUUGGGCUCUGACUCCAGAGUGUCAGCAGGGGAGACAGUGGUCAACCGGGUGAUGAACAAGCUCUCACUUCUCCAUGACAAGAUCUACUGCGCCCUGUCAGGCUCAGCAGCAGACGCUCAGACCAUCGCUGAGAUGGUCAACUACCAGCUGGAUGUGCACAGUAUUGAGAUAGGAGAAGAUCCCCAGGUUCGUUCAGCAGCCACUCUGGUGAAAAACAUCUCCUACAAGUACAAGGAAGAGUUGUCAGCACAUCUCAUUGUUGCCGGAUGGGACAGGAGAGGAGGGGGUCAGGUGUUUGUGACCCUCAACGGCCUGUUGUCCAGACAACCGUUUGCGGUCGGUGGCUCUGGAAGCUCUUAUGUCUAUGGGUUUGUUGACGCAGAGUACCAGAAGGGCAUGAGUAAAGAGGACUGUCAGCAGUUUGUUGUCAACACAAUUUCUCUGGCCAUGAGUCGAGAUGGCUCCAGCGGAGGAGUGGCCUACCUUGUCACUAUCGAUGAAAAAGGAGCUGAAGAGAAAUGCAUUCUGGGCAACGAGUUGCCAACUUUUUAUGAUCAAUGAAAAUUGCAUGGAACAAAAUCCAAUCUUAAUACUGGCACAUAAACAUUUCAACAAGCUCUAUAUUUAUAACAGAACACUUUUAAGUUGUUAUGCAGAGUAGGCAUAGCCUCAUUACAAACAAAUAGGCCUAAUAUUUACUCUUGUAAUGUUAAGAUUGGUAUUUGAAUCAUGCUUACACCAUGAUAAAUAUUCUGAUCUCCACAUAACUACGCAUAUAACAUUCAGAAUGUUUAAUUCCACUAAAGGCCUCAUUAAUGACACAUUUUGACCAGCCAAGGACUUUUAUGUUGGAAGUUGUAUAGCCUAUUUUGGUGAUGUACAUCUCAAUAGAUCACCUGUCAAUUAAAUAUCCAUUGGAUAUUUGCCUUCAUGUAAUUUUCCUCAACAAUUUAAAGUAACGGAAUUGUUACUAUGAAAAUGUCUACUGGUGGAGUAAACUGUUGCCCACAGUUUCUUGAAACAGGAAAUGUCAAUAAUAAUGUACAAUAAAAUGAAUGAAUUGUAAUG